AUGGCAGACUUACGAUUUCCACUCCAACGUCUACCCAGCGAUCUUCAUUCAGAAGUUUUGAAAGCUAUGGAGCUCCACGAAAUAAUUUUCUACUCGUUGAUAUCGAAGAAGGCAUGUUCCAUGGUUAUGGAUCUUUGUUUACUGAUUUCAUCUGUUCAAGUAACAAUUGAGAAACAUCCGCAGAUAGUCUUGAAAUUCGGUCCCAUUUCUAUCAAUUUCGAGUUAACAGUGCCCAUAAAACACGGACGUCAUUUGACAACCCUUGAUGAUGUUGGUGUUCGUUUUCAUGUAUCAAUGGAGAAUGAUAUAACUCACCGCUUCAAAUAUGUAGCAUUUUUUGAGUCAAAUGAAGAAAUGAGUGUUGGAGAGUAUAUUCAACGGCUCUGCUUGAUUUCCCAUAACGAGACAUCCUAUGUUGCGGAAUUUAAUAUUGGGGAGAUAGAAUUAGAGGUGGAAUCCCUUCGUGACAUCUUCCUGAAAUUCAGAAACAUUGCUAUAAACUAUUACCACGUUCGCCGUCGUCGCGAUCGCGAUCGCGAAGAUGAACUAAAUGAGCAAGACAUUUUAUCAGUUCAAAACGCCGUGAAAGCUUUUCUACCAAACGUUAGACAGCUGAAAUUGGAUAGUGUCCCACUUGGAGAGAACCUUUCCCUUCAACACAUUGGAAUGGCGAAUUUAGAAGAGUUGAAGAUUAUGACACCCCGCACUCUGAAGUUGGAUGAUCUUUUAACGCUCAAUGUUGAAAAUUGUGGUAUUGUUUCUGAUGAAAUCACUCUUCGCGAUUUGAAUCGUUUUUUCAAAUUGUGGAUGCAGGGAUCCGACCCAAAAUUGAGGAAUAUGUCCAUUUGGUGGAAAACGGCAAUCAUCAUAGACUGGAAUGUCUUGCUGAAAGGAUUGAAAGCAAAGGAAGAAGCAGGAGAAGAAGGAUCAAAGAAGUUCAUAAUUCAAAAUUCUCAUCGGGUUCACGCUGAAAUUGAAAACGAUAUGGGAGAAAAUAAACUUGCAUUUUCUGUCUUCGACUAA